AUGCGCAGAUGCGUUGACGACACAACGGCGGCUCCCAUCGUGCGUCGGCAUCCGCGGCAGCAGCAACAGCAGCGGCAUUUGCUGUCGCUCCUCCGGCGAUGUGGAACUUCGGCGAGAGAGGCAAGUAGCUCCCACGUCGUUGCGCCGCAUCGAGUCGCGUGCGGGCCCUGCGCGGGUGCCCGUGUCGGAAGCAAAGGUGGGCGUGACGCACUGACUUCGCUGCGUGGCCCCAACACAAUACUUCGCACGAGGCGAUGGCUCAACGCGGAUACCAACCGCUACCUGCAGGAGCAACAGGAAUAUAUCCCCGCAGUCCGUGAAGCUGCGGAGGAGCUUCUCACACGUCUGGAACCACUGCAAGACCACAUACCGAUAGAGAUGGAGCGGUUUUUUCGCGCCCUUCACGCCGACGCACUUGUUGCGCUUUUUGAGUACUUUGUGACGUAUCGUCCCCGCAGUCUCUUUCGCUCCUUGCGCGACGGGGAGGGCUGCGGUUGCGAGGCCUCACCCCUCUGCGAGCUUCUCCUGGCGGCCCUGGCUGAAAGGAGUGUGGAGUUGUCCUCCAAGCACGUGGCAUUUAUUGGGGCACUUUAUAGCGCGUCUGGCGUGGAAGCCCGGCUAUUUCCGUUCAUCCUGUACCACGCUCGGCAUUCGCUGCGGCGAACACAGGCGGUACAGGCGCUGCGCACAAUUUCUGUCAUGAGCUUCCACGCGGUGGACACGUUGAGGUUUGGGCCCAGGCAUCCACUGCUUGGGGCCGCCACCAGCGGCACCCCGCUGCUUACCUCCGCGCUGAGUUCCGUGAUGGUGCGAUGCAUGGAACUUGAACAGACGCACGAGGGGUACGACACGCGGAGUCUGCUCUCGCAGGCGCUCAUGCGACACUACAGCCGUGUUCAACCAGACGUUCGUGCGGCAUGUCUCUGGUGGGUACGCAGGGGCCUUCACAAAAGCAACGGCAUCUCUCACUCAGCGGUGCUGGAGGUGAGGCUCGAUGACGCCCCGUUGCCGGCUGACGCCUUUUCCGCCAUGGAGGCGGCCAGCCGUUCCUUAACUCUACCUGCGUUUGACAGCGCCCACCUUCGUUUGCUCCUCAAGAAGGAUUCAGCAGUUGACUCCAGCUGGCGUGCGUCUACUAGUAGAGCCGCGUAUCCGGCUGCCACUGAGCAGGGGGAUCCUGCGCUCCUGCUGCAUCAGCAGCUGCCGACGUUGCAGCGGCUUCACGGCGAAGUCAAGCUUUUGGCGCUGGAGACGCUGUCGCGGCGGGUGUUGGAAAUUACCCAGCUGGACGCCGUGGUGGGGUUAGCAGAAGGCGUUCUGCGGUAUUCUCCGUCGUUGUCUGAAGUUGUCAUGCAUCGCCUGCUCCAGCUCGCCUGCCUCGAUAGCGCAGGGGCCACGGCGGUGUCGACGCUGACGGCCAUGCAUCGACUACUGCCACACGUCGACGUGAUGGGGGUAGUGGAAGGUGCCAUGAUGUGCGGCGUCUGCACGAGCGCCUUGGCAGGCCGGCGCGCGGGCGUUAAACCCGCGACCGCUCCUCCACCGGACUCCCUUGUGAAGUGUUUGGCGAUGCAUCUUCCCUCGAGUCUUCUCCCUGCGCUGUUCCAUCGCCUGUGUCGCCAACGGGAGCUGGCGGCAUUCCGUUUGCCCCCAUUUGUGCUCCGCGUGCUGCUGCAGGCGCUCGAAUACACCAAUGCGGACUCUCUCUCCUGCGAGGAUGCGACGUGCAUUCAGGCGUUUAUUCGGCAAGAACGGCGCAAAGCUCUGCCGCAUUUCAGGCCCACGCUAGCACCGAACCCGAACGAGAAGGCAGAGAUGGGAAUGGAAAGGGGCGAGGACAAAUUGCUUGCAGCCAUCGACGCGUGUGCCAUGUUGCACUGCCGCAGCUCGAAUGGCAGUGGUGACGUGUCGCUCCAGUUACCACCGACGUCGACCAACCCGGCCACCGAAAGCUGCAAGGCGGCUGGUGCAGCCAAGGCGGCCCUUGCCUCCCUCUUUGGGGUGCGGGCCACAACACUGGUGACGACCGAGGCUGCGGUGCGGGAGCGUACAUCUCUUGCCUGGCUGUACGCCAUUUACCGCAUGUCAGUAUCCAUCAUGUGUGAGCUGGAGGCUCUCGCAACGCUGGCGCUACGCCAAGGGGCCCAGCUUCGCCUCAACGAGCGACAACGAACGCUUGUGGAACUUUCUGAGUCGGUUGACGAGAAUCUUAUGCUUCCAGACGUGAAUCGGCAGGUUUCGGCCGGCAACAUGAACAAGGAUGCAUUGCGUGCAUGCAUUGAGGAAUGGUUGUUGAAUAAGGAGACGAGCGGCCAGGCACUUCAGCGAUUGGUUGCGUUGCUGGAGAAGGAAGACGUGGCGUUGGCGCCGUUCCUUUGCUACGCCGCCAUCGCACGCCACGAUGUUACCGCGAUAAAAGAGCUGCGGCUACGAGCACCCGCAGCUAGUGCCAUUUUCUCUCGUGAAGGCUCACUCGACAGCGCGGGGAUGUAUGCAAUGCCUUUGCGUUCUGCUGCACCUUGUGCGGCCACUGCGGAUAGCGCGGCGGUCGUGUCCGUUGAGGCUGCAGCCGUCGAGUGUCACAGUACCACGUCUCGUGGCGUGGCCUGCGGCGGUGGCGGUGCUAGUAUUGCGGUCACCAACCGAGGAGGGAAUGGCUGUGAUGGCGCCGCUGCGGACGCGGACCCAAGACAGGGCUCUCAUAUGCCCGAUCUGACGACUGCCGCCGCUUUUGUCCUUCGUUUCGCGGAGGAGCAUUGGGGGGAUAAGGCGCCUGCCGGUGUUGAUGCGGCACGCCUCUGGGCUCAGGUGGAUCUGCUUCUGCUGACGAAGGAUUUCGCUCGCAAGUUAGAGUUCUACGAGGCGGUGUUGCGGUUGUGUCAAAAGGAACGACUGGCGGGAUUUGCGGGGCGGGUGCCUGCUGCCGUUCAUCGCGAGGUGUUUGCCGCGAUAGGAGGAAAGGGUCUCUGGGCGCAGGGGCUGGACCUUCUCCGCCUCGCCGAGAGCGGUUCAGGGGGGAUGCGUGUUCCUCUGCAGGCCUAUCAACAGGUCAUGCGGGCCUGCUUGAUGCAUCGCGUUCCUGUCCCUGCCUUUCUGCGUGAGAAGAGCAAAGGCACCGUGUCGGUGGAGUGA